AUGUUGCCAGCGACGGAGGCAUUUCUGGCGCACAUGCCCGCUGAAGACAUGUGGCCCACUGCAGGCACUAUGUCGAUCAGUGAAUUCGCUGAGACUCAAACUGACCUUCUGCUCGGGGCAAGCCUUGACACGUUUGAGGAGCGUGUAGAGAACCUGGCAACGACGGAGUCCAGAACAAUCGGUAGUUCGCCCACUCUCGGCGUGCCAUCUCCCAAACCGGAAGUGAAAGGCUCUCGAAAGCCGGCGGUUUUUAAAGGUUUAGGGGCUAUUCUGGCGCUGGUUGUUUGUGUUUGGUUUCUGAGUGCUGAUAAGAAGACAGGAGCUGUGUGGGAGGCAGGAAGCGCAUUGGGGGAUGAAGCAUCUGAGCCUUUCUAUGAGGCAGCAGAAGGGGCGUCAACACAAGACUAUCACCUAGCAAGCAAACUGUUGGUUGACGAUGAGCUGAAAGAACGGAGGAGACUGGAAAGGGUGCGAGGACUCCUUCCGUCGGCAUCUCGGCUCGCUGCUGCAGUAGGUACAAAUGAGGCUCAGAAGCAGCUGAUCAAUUUGCAGAAAGCUUUGAGCGCAGCAUCACUCGCUGCAAAAUCUCCACUGAACGAUAAUCGCGUAGAAGAGUCUCUUACCUGCGCCAUGGAUGCAUUGCGCAGCCUUCACCGUACUGCCGUUCAACAGGCCACGGUGCUCGCACAGGAUGGUGCCGAGGUCCCCGUUCUUUCUCUUCUAGAUUCGGGAGAGCUUGAGGACUCAGUGAAGAACGAACUACAGCAUGUUAUCGAUGACGAGAGCGUGGCACCCUUCACGGUGUAUAUGCGUUCACUGCAAGAUAGUGUGAUUGAUAUGUCUCGCCGCUUUGAACGUUCUCGUGAGCGCCUUCUGGCAGCGACCGAAUUUACAGACGAAAAAGAUGAAAAUAUGUUGGUUUCGGCAGCAGUGGAGCUUGAGUGGAUGCGCACGCUAAGAGAACGAAAGAGGCAAGUCGUUAGCAGAGCAACAACUAUGAAGAAGUGCGCAGUUUGUGGCAUCCGGGUGAGCCUCAAAUUUGAAGUAGAGGAGAGGAUAAGAAUAAUGCAGGGGAGCGUAGAGCUGUUGGGCGCUCGCCUUUCUUUGAUAUCCAACGCCAUAGAAGACUCUUUCGAAACCAGCAGCGCGCCGAAGCGUGCUGUGGAAGACACUGGCAAGCUCCACACCGUACGAAAGAAGCUCGCCGACGUCAAGGAACUGCUGAAUGAAGUGAAGAAAGAGAAGGAAGCUGUGCAUGUGAGCUCGUCAGUAGGGAGUGCUGCUGCUGCUUUUCGAAAGGCCGAACAAAUAAUGGGAGAGGCCCAGGCCAUGUUGGAUGAUUGUUGGGACGCAACGAAUGAUCUGCCUCCGCCGAAUCAGGAGCUAAGCACCGGCGACAUCGCCAUCUUGGCGCGUUCGGCUGCAAAGGCCCAGGCGAUUGCAGAUGAACAGAAAGCAGGAGUAGUUAGCAAUGUAGCUGUUGUUUACAACAGAUCUUCCCAUGGCGUCCAAGAAGACGGCACAGUGGUGGAGAGUAUCAAGCGGAUUAGCCCACUAGUGGCUGAGCAGCUCCGCGCCCAAGCAAAGGAGACUGAGGAGCAGAUGAUGUGGCACUAUCAAGACAUGCAGGAAGCCGCUACACAGCUACAAACCACAGAUGAGCUAACGGAUGGAAUGAUCUUGCUUGGGAAUGUUCACGAGCAUGUUCCAAAUCUAGUGGAGUGCAACAAACGCGCGGUAACGUUAGCGCUGGAUAGCUACUUGUACACCCUUCUCCAGGAGGAUAUUCAAGCGAGCAUGAAGGCCGUUUCCCGUGUCUUCUCGGGUGAGACGCUUUUCACAGGACAGAACAGAAUGCACAUUGAGCAGCUCCGGCGGGGCUUCAACAAGGCUAAAACAGCGGUUAGCACGGCAACCACUCUGACGGAGGCAGCGGAAGCUGCCGGAAAAAUGAGAAUGAAUGCUGAGGGGUUGACAGAUUUUGCACGUGAUCGCUGGACAAUUUGGCUAGACCCUUCGUGA